CUUCCGGACACUCGCCGAGGUUGUCUUGUGGACAUGCCCAUGUGAGGACGAGUUGCCUACCACACAGAAGAUGGGCUCGAACAGCAGCAGGAUCAGUGACCUUCCGAAGAACGAGUACUUGCAAAAGCUGUCAGGCACUGAGUCUGUCUCUGAAAACGACCCCUUCUGGAAUCAGCUCUUUUCGUUUUCUUUUCCUGCACCAACCAGCAGUUCUGAGUUGAAGCUGUUGGAAGAGGCAACCAUUUCAGUUUGCAAGUCUUUGGUUGAAAACAACCCUCGAACGGGAAAUCUUGGCGCCUUAACUAAGGUCUUCCUUUCCAGAACGAGAGAGCUCAGGCUUUCAGCGGAGUGCCAGAACCACAUCUUCAUUUGGCAGACGCAUAAUGCUUUGUUUAUUAUUUGCUGCUUGCUGAAAGUGUUCAUCUGUGAGAUGUCUGAGGAGGAGCUACAGCUUCAUUUUAUGUAUGAAGAAAAGUCUCCGGGCAGUUACAGUUCUAACUCUGAAGAUCUUCUGGAAGAAUUGCUCUGCAGCUUGGUGCAGUUAAUCACUGACACUCCACUCUUAGACAUCACGUACGAGAUAUCAGUGGAGGCCAUCUCAGCAAUGGUCGUCUUCCUUUCCUGCCAGCUCUUCCACAAGGAGGUUUUGCGACAGAGCAUCAGUCACAAGUAUUUGAUGCAAGGUCCAUGUCUUCCCUACACCAGCAAACUUGUGAAAACCUUACUUUACAACUUCAUCAGACAAGAAAAGCCACCUCCGCCCGGAACCCACGUUUUCCCUCCGCAGUCGGAUGGGGGAGGACUGCUGUACGGACUGGCGUCAGGAGUAGCAACUGGCCUCUGGAGUGUCUUUACGCUAGGCGGGGCGGGCAGCAAAGCCGCUGCCUCUCCAGAACUCACUUCCCCUCUGGCCAACCAGAGUCUCCUGCUUCUGCUGGUGCUGGUGAACCUGACAGACGCUCCAGACACACCAAACCCCUACAGACAAGCCGUCACGUCCUUUAAGAACACACAAGACAGCAGUCCUUUCCCAUCGUCAGUUCCACAUGCCUUCCAGAUUAACUUUAACAGUUUGUACACAGCCCUGUGUGAACAGCAGACGUCCGACCAAGCCACGCUCCUCUUGUAUACUCUGCUCCAUCAGAAUAGCAACGUCAGGACGUACAUGCUGGCUCGGACAGAUAUGGAAAAUCUUGUUUUACCAAUUCUUGAGAUUCUGUAUCAUGUUGAGGAAAGAAACUCACACCACGUCUAUAUGGCCCUCAUCAUACUGUUGAUCCUUACAGAAGAUGACGGCUUUAACAGGUCCAUUCACGAAGUGAUAUUAAAAAACAUUACUUGGUAUUCAGAACGAGUCUUAACUGAAAUUUCCCUGGGGAGUCUCCUAAUUUUGGUCGUAAUAAGAACCAUACAAUACAAUAUGACCAGGACUAGAGACAAGUACCUGCACACAAAUUGUCUGGCAGCCUUAGCAAACAUGUCUGCGCAGUUCCGCUCCCUCCAUCAGUAUGCCGCCCAGAGGAUCAUCAGUUAUACCUGCCGCCACUUGCGGAGAUAUGUCUAUGUGCUGGACAGACUGUAUUUCCCCCACUCUCACUCUUCCACGCUUCAGCAUUGCUUCUCGACCCUCAGUGACAAUGGAGAGGAACUCUUGUCUUUAACUUGCUCUCACAUUCUCAGAUCCUAUGCUUCCAGUUUGUUUUCUUUGCUGUCUAAAAAACACAACAAAGUUCUGGAACAAGCCACCCAGUCCUUGAGAGGUUCCCUGAGUUCCAGCGAUGUUCCCCUCCCGGAUUAUGCACAGGACCUCAGUGUCAUUGAAGAAGUGAUCCGAAUGAUGUUGGAGAUCAUCAACUCCUGCCUGACAAAUUCUCUUCACCACAACCCAAACUUGGUAUAUGCCUUGCUCUACAAACGGGACCUCUUUGAGCAAUUCCGAACUCAUCCUUCAUUUCAAGACAUAAUGCAAAAUAUUGAUCUGGUGAUCUCCUUCUUUAGCUCAAGGCUGCUACAGGCUGGAGCUGAGCUGUCAGUGGAAAGAGUCUUGGAAAUCAUUAAACAAGGGGUUGUGGCACUGCCCAAGGACAGACUAAAGAAAUUUCCAGAACUGAAAUUCAAAUAUGUGGAAGAGGAGCAGCCUGAGGAGUUUUUCAUCCCUUACGUCUGGUCUCUGGUCUACAACUCGGCAGUAGGCCUGUACUGGAACCCACAGGACAUCCAGCUGUUUACCAUGGACUCCGACUGAAGCGGGACACCCCCACCCCACCCCCAGCCAGCAGCUCUGCUCGUCACCUCAUGUCUAGGAGUAGAAGCAGACAGACUGCCUGGUGUGUCUCCUGCCACCGUCACACAGCCUGCUUCCCUCUCAUGCUGUGAGGACUGGGAGACGCCACCAGUGCGCAGGUCACUCAGCUUUGGUUGUACUGCAAGGGGGGUGCGCAGUAAUAAAAACGGAAAACUUGCUGUUCAA